UCUUUCUUAGCCCUGGCCUCGCUGGUCGUUUUGGCCGCUGCCUCUCCUCUGGCAUCAUCUAGCCAUGUUGUGCACGAGAAGCGAGACAACCUUCCCUCCGGGUGGCAGGCCCGUGACAGGGUCGAGGGCCACAUCAAGAUGCCACUCCGGGUCGGACUGAAGCAGAGGAAUCUUGAUAUGGGGCCUGCUUACCUUGACGAAGUCUCUCAUCCCCACAGCAGCAAGUAUGGGCAGCACUGGAGCGCCGACGAGAUCAUUGAGAUGUUUGCUCCAAGCCAGGAGAGUGUUGACUCGGUCACGGCCUGGUUGACGGACGCCGGAAUCGCCCCGGAGCGCAUCAACCAUCACUUCAACAAGGGCUGGGUUGAGGUUGACGACACAACAGUCGAGGAGCUCGAGGAGCUCCUCCAGACCGAGUACUACUACUUCGACCACAAGCACGGCCAGUCGCACGUGGCCUGCCACGAGUACAGCGUGCCCUCUGAUCUGAGCGAGAAGCACAUUGACAUGAUCAUGCCCACGCUUCACUUCGACGUUCCCAUCAGGCCCAGCCAGGACGAACUCCUCCGCAAGAGGCGCAAGCGAGACCUCGCCAGCCUCGCGGCCAACAACACCGCCUCUCUGCCCAAGCCAGGUGCCAAGAUUGACAUGACCACCCUCGCCACGGAUCUCACCACCUGCGACACUUCCAUCACAAUCGACUGCCUGCGGGCACUGUACAACUUCACCAGCGGCACGUACAACCUCAGCUCCUAUGGAAUUGUCGAGUACGGCUUCCAGUCCUAUCUGCCCGAUGAUCUGGAUCUGUUCUUUGCGAACUUCUCCAGCGACCUCGUCGGCCUGCGCCCAACUCUCGACUCUGUCGAUGGUGGAGAGCCACAGGAUCUGAUCCAGAUCUUUGACUUUAACGGCGAGUCUGACCUCGACCUCGAGUACGCCAUGACUCUGAGCUACCCUCAACAAAUCACUCUUUUCCAAGUCGGUGACGAUGAGGAGAGCGCAUCGUUCAACAACUUCCUUGACGCUAUUGACGGAUCUUACUGCUCCUAUGAUGGGGGUGAUGUUCCCGGUGUUGAUGGAACCUACCCUGAUGAGAAGAUAGGUGGUUACAAGUACCAGGACUGUGGCAACUACACAGCCCCCAGCGUCAUUUCCACCUCAUACGGAACGACUGAGGCCAGCUUCACCGUCGCCUACGCCCAGCGCCAGUGCUAUGAGUACAUGAAGCUGGGUCUGGCUGGUGUCACCGUUCUCUACUCAUCUGGUGAUGAUGGUGUUGCUGGAAACGGCGAGUGUCUUGACGACGGCAUCCGCUUCAACCCGACCUUCCCAGGCACAUGCCCGUACGUGACAUCCGUCGGUGCAACCCAGGUCCCCACUGGCACCGACAUCACCACCGACCUUGCCUCUGGCACGCAGCCUGAGACCGCCUGCGAGACCGUCAUCUACUCCGGCGGUGGCUUCUCCAACUACUUCGACAUCCCGUCCUACCAGGCCGACGCGGUCAACACGUUCCUCACGGACUACCCACCCCCUUACACCUCGGUGCGCUACAACAACACCGGCACCAGCCGCGCAUUCCCUGACGUGAGCGCCAACGGGGCCAACUACGUCCUCGCCAUCGACGGCGAGUGGGAGUACGUCUACGGCACCAGCGCCAGCAGCCCCGUGUUUGGCAGCAUCAUCACCCUGAUCAACAACGAGCUGGCCGCCGCGGGCAAGAGCCCUGUUGGGUUUAUCAACCCAACCCUGUAUGCUUAUCCUGACGUCCUGAACGAUGUCACCGAAGGAGGCAACCAGGGCUGCGAUACGGAUGGCUUCUCCAGCGCGCCCGGUUGGGAUCCGGUGACUGGGUUGGGCACACCGAACUACCCGGCCAUGCUGGAGCUCUUCUUGAGCCUGUAG